AUGGUAUCAGAGCCAUAUCCCUUGCAGGCAAGUGAUCAUAUCCGAUCCGCACCUAUACAGAUAGUGACCAUGUCCACUCUGAUACGGUUCAAGAUUGAUGAGCAAAAAAUAGCCAUCAUCUUGAGGGGGAAUAUUGUGGACAAUGUCCCACAUGGAAUAAAUGAUACAACUCAGAAAACUACCACUGAUGUUCCUAUUCAGAAGGUCACAAAUCCUCGUCGUAGUGGGAAGAUGGCUCCCAGACUCAUAAUUCCAGCACCCGAGCAUUUUACCGGACGCGUCACAUACAGAGGCACCAGAACUUUUGCAAAAAUAAAGUCUCGGUUUGAGGAGUACAACUUGAAUAACACGGCGAAGGAAAGCCGUUUCGGCAGCUUUUGGAAUGCCGUACCGUUGACAUUCUCCUUGGUGUUAUUUCACCAGCUUAUGCUCCACAAAAUGAAGGUAGAUGCCCAGGAGGAGUUGAGGAUGCGGUUUUACGUUGGUCGGAAGGAGGUCAGAUUCGGAGUGCUGGAGUUUGCACUCAUUACAGGCCUGGACUUCUCCUCGGGGCCAAUAGAAGAUGAGAAGGCUGCGCAGGUUGCUCGCUCAGGUGUGAAGACAAAAGCACUCCAAGAUAGGUUCACAAACUGUCAGAACCCGGAAGACUUGUACAAGCUCGGCUUGUGCCUGUUUGUGGAGUCAGUGCUUCUGGGCCGUGAGGCAAACGCGCUGAUUACGCCUCACAUACUUAGAUAUGUGGAAGACCUCGAGUUCUUCUUCCGGAUUCCUUGGGGGAAGCACUCAUUUGCCAGACUCAUGCACUCGCUUCAAAAAGACAUGUUGAAACAGAAGGCCAACUACGAGAAGAAGCUGAGUUCGGAUGUUCAGCACGAGUGCAAAUACACAGCAUAUGGCUUCGCACCUGCAGUACAAUAUUGGGCGUACGAGGCCAUUUUGGAGGUAGGGAAGAGGUAUGGCACGAAUCACGGGAUUCGGUUCCCCAGGAUGCUUAGCUGGACGAGCAAGGGCGAUAUUGGGAAGAAAGACGUCAGCGCAUUAUUUUCUAGACGGAAUCUUGAAGUGGUGAAGGGGCUACUUCCACGGACAGAGGAGGAGGCAUUUGUGAGGACCAUAUCUUACGAUGGUGUGGAGAACCUGGUUGAUGAUGGUGUGGAUGACACAGAGGCUGAGGCAGGUAGUCAGGUACCAGAGACUCAGGUACGAGACACUCAGGAAACAGACACUCAGGUACCAAUUUUUGGAACUUUUUUUUUAUGUCUUAUUUUUUAUUGUUUUUGUUUUGUGAUAUUUGUUACAUUGUGGAAUUAUCGUAUGCUUACCGUAUUUUUUUGGUAUAUAUUUUUUCAGGCCACUGGUUCAGAACCUCAGCCCAGUGCACCAUCUUCAUCAGGCGUUCAGGGUGCCGAGUACACUGAUUUAGUGGCGAGGUUGGAUAGGAUCGAGGCUGACACUCAGGGUCUGUAUGCUACUCAUGUCGAGCUGAAGAAGGCAUACGAGACCAGCCAUGUAGAGCUGAAGGGUGGUCAGAACGUAAUUAUGGAGCAGCUCAGAGACAUAUUGGCCAUGUUGAAUCGUCCGCCAACGACAGCUUCAGCACCGGAGGUCCCAGCAGAUCCAUCUACCCCACCACCAGCUGCAUCACCCCCAGUAGAAGAGGAGGAGGUCUUCCCCGACGGGUACGAUCCUUAUGAGGGAGCUCCAGCGACUCCCAUCGAUACAGGUGUUAUCCAUGUACAUGACACCGAGUCGCAGGGUGAGAUUCUGUCGAUAGAGGCACAACCUGCAGUGGUUAAGAGUCGGAAGAGGAAGAGAAAUCCUCCUGUAUGGUUCGGAGACUACACGGAGAUGAAGAGGAGACAUAGGCCAUCUUCGACGUUUGAUCCCCUGGAGCCACCGGAUGAGAAAUUGUUAGUUACAUUCCGAAAGUGGUGUGUUGGACUCAUUCCGAACCACCGACUUCGGGAUUUGAGAAGUGGUGAUUACGGUCCAUCAUUCUUUUGGAUAAUGCUCACACCAAAGGAAUGGCUUACAGAUGACCAUAUAGAUGCAGCAAUGCAUAUGCUGAGGAGGCGACACACCGACUAUCCACUGACAUUUCCUCAGAAGGGUGUCAUUCUCUCAACAUUCGUGACCACCAUGAUCAGCAGUGCAUGGACGAACCACAAGGUUCCGAGGAGAAACUUUGUGUGGGAGGAUUAUAUCCUGGACUACUACAGAGGGGUUCAUAAGUCCCAAGUCUUUGAGAGAUGGAGGGGUAACGGGUAUAUUUACUUCAUUCUGCAUCUUCCUGAGGCAAGGCACUAG